AUUUACAUAAUCUAAAGAAAUGUAUGUGUAAAACCAUAACUUCAGACUUCAAAACCACUUUAUUAUAUUAUACAUGUAGAUAAAACACAGGGUAGAAUCAGUUAUGCAUUUAUAUAAUCCAGACCAAAAUAUUUAAAUUAUGUUUAUUCAGAGAACAAAAGUAGGUUUGUGGACAAAACACCACUCUUGCUUGGAUCACAAGGUCAGAGGUACAAAUAUGCCUUUCUCAAUGACAACAAUAAUGAAUUAUGGCAGUUCCAUUUAUUUAAUUGAAACGUAUGUAGUUAAUUAGCUGCGUUAUUACGUUAUAAACGUUAUUGUAGGAAAAAUAUAAAGCAAUCUGAAGUAGAUAAAUAUAGAUGAGUGGGGGUGUAACCACAGAGGCGCUAAAAGAUUCUCUUUGGAUCUCAUUCCAGCCCUGGAUGUUCGGCGUCACUGAAGGCAAGAUGUCCCCAUCCGCUCUCGUUUUGCCGUUGCUCGCCACGGUCCUCUACGCUUGGCAGGCGAGCGCAGAUGAGGACUGCCUGUCGUACGUGGACAAGAACGGCACCUGGCACAACGGGUUCGACUGCCCCCUCAUCUCCUUCUGCUGCGGGACCUGCCAGCACCGCUACUGCUGCCUGGACGACUUCAAGAUGAUCCGGGAGCGCGAGCAGAAGCGCUGUAUGCUCUUCCAGAUCAGCCCCACCACCAUGGCGGGCAUCGCCUCGUCCGUGCUGCUGUUCGUGGUGAUCAUCAGCACCUUGGUGUGCUGCUCCAUGUGCUCCUGCUGCUACAUGUACCGCCGGCGUCGGGAGCUGCGCCAGGCCACGCCCUGCGAAGGCCAACAGAUACCAAUGGCCAGUUACCCGGGCAACCCCAUGUAUGAUGCACAUGGCAAACCAAUAGGCCAGCCUGAGUACCAGUACCCCGCUUUCCCAACCGCUCCAGCACCCCCGGGCCAGCUGUCCUACCAGCCGGGCAUACCCCAGCCGUACCCCGCCAUGGUCCCGGGACCAUACCCACCCUACCCUCCAGUGAACCCAGAAUACGCUCCAUCACCACCCCCUCCGUACUCGCCACCGCAGUAUCCGGGCAACUGACGGGGCGGCGGCCAAUGGGGAGAGAGGAGGAGGCGGGGAUCCCCCCCCCCCCCACACAGUCUCUCUCUCCUCUGGCUCCCCCACACUAUCUUCAUAACCAAAAUUUCUGACUUGCGUCUGUUUGAUUGCCCCCCCCCCCCCCCCCCAUAGGAAAGAGCAUGAGCUGAGCUGGGAUGCUCCUGCGCUUAACUGGAGCCUUUCAACAAGAUGAGGGGUAGAGAUGCAGUCUGCCCCCCUCCCACCCCCCCACAAAAACAGAAAACAGCUGAGCACCCUCUGUUCUGCUUCACGACAUUUGUUACAGCAAGACACCUGCACCCCUCCAAAACAUGGCUUCACAUCACACCGUGCGCACCUUGGCUUUGUCUGGAGAGAGUGCCCAGACUGCUCCUGGAUGGCACGUUUCAUCUGCCGGGGGAAUUUCCUGCCAAGGGAUCCUCAAGACUUACCGUUUUAAUAGGAAUGUCUCUCUCUCCCUCUCUCUCCCUG